AUGUUAGAAAAUAUAAUUUAUGUGAAACUUUUAUGGCCAACAAAUUUUGUCUGGAAUAUUGUAGUCAAGGCGUGUUCAGUAGAAUUAGGUGUUACAACACUGCCUGGUUUUAGAUAUUUUAAUUGUGUAUGCAGUUUAAUCUUCAAUGAAAAACUAUCUGAAGUGAAAUACGGAGCUCUGUCAGAUCUUUUAGAGGAUGAAAUGCAGUUAACUAAAUCUCCAAUAGGCCUUCUGACUAGUCGCUUUGCAGUUAAGUUGAAUGAUUUUAUCUUUCUAACAGAAAGAUUCUGCAAAGCGGCUAAAGAAAAGGAUCCGAAAUCACAGUGGUGA